GACCUAACCAUGGAGUGGCUCAUGGUUGCAUUUGUAGCCCUACUUCUGGCCGGCCAAGUCAGCCCUGAAGAAAUUCCAUAUGAACACCUUAUAUCUCAGAUCCAGGCAUGUCCUAAAGAGUGCCACUGUCCUCCAAGUUUCCCUAAUGCUGUUUAUUGUGACAAUAAGGGUCUGAAACGCAUACCUGUCAUCCCUCCAUACACAUGGUACCUGUACCUCCAGAACAACCUGAUUGAUGUCCUGUCGGCUAACUCUCUGCGCAAUGCCACACAACUAAGGUGGAUCAACCUAAACCAUAACAAAAUCACAAGCGAAGGCCUGGAGGCAGAUGCUCUAAAGGCUAUGUCUAACCUUGUACACCUCUACAUGGAAGACAAUUUGCUGACUUCCAUUCCAUCUCCUCUGCCUGCCAAAUUAGAGCAGUUACGGCUCUCCCGAAACAGAAUCUCAAAGAUCCCACCCGGUGUUUUCUCUGGAAUGGACUAUCUCACCUUGCUGGAUCUUCAAGGCAACAAGCUACAGGAUGAUGCAGUAACUGAGGUCAGUCUGAAAGGCCUCAACAACUUGAUCCAGAUCAAUUUAGCAAAAAAUCAGCUAAAUACCAUGCCCCUCGGCCUACCACCCACAACCAAACAGAUCUUUUUGGACAGCAACAACAUUGAAAAGAUUCCGGCUGAAUACUUCAAGGGUCUUCCCAAAGUGGUGUCUCUCAGACUCAACCGCAAUAAGCUGGCUAAUGGAGGUAUCCCAAACAAUGUGUUUAAUCUUUCCAGCAUCCUGGAUCUACAGCUUUCUCACAACCAGCUCACAGAGAUACCAGUUAUCUCUUCUGGACUGGAGCACCUGCAUCUGGAUCACAAUAAGAUCAAGAGUGUGAAUAGCUCUGACAUCUGUCCACCUGGUGCACUUGAUGACUACCUUGAUGAGAAGGGUCCACGUCUCCGUUACCUUCGCCUUGAUGGUAAUGAGAUCAAACCCCCUAUUCCACGAGAGCUGAUGAUGUGUUUCCGUCUCCUCAGGGCUAUUGUCAUAUAAAGAUGCCACACCAUCUAGAUACUCCUGUCCAUUUCAUUUACCAGACCUGAAAAU